GUUUAUUUGAGGAUCUAGAACCGAUAAAAAACGACGGGAUAGCAGAUCUAAGCUGAACAUUACUACGGUCCAAAGAUGCCAUACUAACGUCGCGUUUUCAUUCUGACGAUUACUCAUCACAUAUAUAUCCUACCGAAUCCCACGAUGGCUCGAACGAGUGGACGUUGUUGGAGUAGUACUCAAUCAACUUCUCUUGCCUCUUUCCUGCCAUGGACUCCUUGAUUUUCAAAGCCUUCAAUGGCUUCGGGUUAUUUUCCCAAGGAAAUGCCUUCCAAGUCGCCGUACCGGGCAUGCUUUUGGGCGUCUUAUUUCAUAUCACGAUUCCGCAGAUGGUGGUUAUAGAAUAUUACGCGAAUCCGACUUUUGCAGGUUUCGCACUGGCUGUCUGCGGCCUUGGUUCCGCAUACUCCGUCAUCGGUUUCUCCACUCUAGAGAUAGUCACAAGAAUAUUCAUGCUCGUGCUAUUCUUCAACAUAGGAUUAUUCUCUAGUAUGGUCACUUAUAGGCUGUUCUUCCACCGGCUUCGUCGAUUCCCGGGCCCAGUUGAUUUGAGUAUCUCUCGUUUCUUCUUGGUGCGCCGAGUGGCCAAAUAUAUGAAGUAUUAUAGGGAGAUAGCUAAACUGCACGAUGAGUAUGGAGACUUCAUCCGCACAGGGCCACGAGAGCUAUGCAUCAUCCGAAAGUCGGCGGUCCCAACCAUCUAUGGUAUAAAUACGAAAUGUCUCAAAUCAACUUGGUACGGUCAAAACAAUAGCGAUUCCAAAAAAUCUUCAGUCAUCGGCUCGCGGGACUUCGAUGAUCACCGACAUAGACGCAGAGCAUGGGAUCGGGGCGUUUCAACCAAAGCAUUGCAAAGCUAUGAGCCGCGGAUCGAGGCCCUCGUUGAUAAGCUCGUCUCUCAAAUUUCCCACCGGAACGGGCUCGUGGAUGGAACAGCCUGGUCGACGUACAUCACCUUCGAUAUCAUGGGCGAAGUUGGAUUGGGGGAAGACUUCGGCUGCGUUUCGAACGGUGAAGAACACGGAGCGCUUAAGGAUCUCCACAGCCAUAUGUACAUUCUGGGUAUACUGAACCUUAUCCCGUGGCUCCUAAAUGCGGCAGCACGACUUCCAAGCUCGACAUCAGGACAUGGCUCAUUCUUCAGUUAUUGCUACACCGCAGUCAAAGAGAGGCUUGAAAACUUCGAUUCGGAGAAAACCCCCCAUAAUAUCUUGUCCUGGCUUCUAAAGGCGAUAAUUGACAAGGAUAUCUCGGCUCCACCCACUAAAGACGCAUUGAAUGAAGAUUCCCGUUCCCUUGUCGUGGCAGGAAGUGAUACGAGUUCAUCAACUUUGGCAGCGGCUCUGUUCUUCCUAGCGAAAUCUCCUUCGGUCCAGAAAAAGCUACAGGCUCAGAUUGACGCCCUCGUGCCUACAUCAGCGAGCUGGGAUUAUGGAAAAGUGAAGCCAAUCACGUAUAUAGAUAACAUCAUCGACGAAACGCUGCGCCUACGACCUUCCAUAAUGAGCGGUAUUUAUCGGGUAACGCCACCAGAGGGUAUCCAGAUAGAUGAGGAGUUUAUCCCUGGGGAUAUCAACGUCUUUGUACCGACUCUGAGAAUCCAGACGGAUCCACGCUAUUGGAAGCAGGCUACUGAAUUCAUACCGGAAAGGUUCGGAGAGCGGUUCGAGGAGAUGGAAACGCAAGGAGCACCGUAUAUGCCAUUCGGUUCUGGCAUUUACACUUGCGCUGGGAAGAACUUAGCUGUGUUAUCUCUACGCAUUAUAAUCUCGAAACUCGUUCAACAGUUCGAUAUCUCGCUUGCACCGGGAGAGACGGGCGAGAAGUUCAAGAAUGAGACGCUAGAUACAUUUACGAGCACUUGUACGCCGCUUAUGCUCCAAUUCUCGCCGAGAAAAUGAAGAGGGACGAGGUAGCUUUCGUCAAUUCAGCUCUAUGAAUAGGCGUUAAGUAGGGCAUGUAUUAGCAUAUGUAGCCGGAGAGCUGGUUCAAGCUCCUGUACAAUGGCCGCGUGGUAUACGAGCUUCUAUAGUAUAUAAUCUAUAAGACUGUUGGAUCGUAGUGA